AUGUGGAGCUCGAAACGUCUCGUGCUUGUCGCUCUUGUCGCUCUCGUCGUACGUUCGACUUCUGCCUUGCAAAAUGACGAAAAAGAAUGCGAAGUGUGUGUCAAGGUGAUUAACGACCUCAAGGCCACGCACGAGCAGCUGAAGACGGAGAAUCCCGGGAAAAACGAGCAGGAAGUAGCUGAAUUGGCUGUCACGAAGCAGUGCGGCAAGAAGCUGAACCGGAAAGACAACAAGCUGUGCUACAAUCUCGAGCCACUAAAGUCGGACGUGGCACGUCAAGUGCGGAUCAACAAGGAGUCUUUCAAGAUCUGCAAGUUUCUGGAGCAGAAGAAUCCGGACUUUUGCUCCAUGCGAUACCCCGUCCAGACAGAUGCCAAUACCGACUACUCGAAGAUGCGCGUCAAGCAGCUUCGGAAGAUUUUAGGCGAGCGUGGGGUCGAGUGUGUUGGAUGUGUGGAGAAGGCCGACUUUAUCGCCAAGAUCAAGGAAACCGAGUCGAUGCGCACGGAAUUGUAG